UCCUCAUCUCUCCUCCCAAACCCAAGUUCUCCACCCGCCGGCCUCUCUUCUCCUCUCCUGCACCCACCCAACGACCUCGAUCCCCACACGCAAACCCACAAUUCACCGUGCCAGAUGACGUCUCCGGACGCGGGCGACGUCCUGCUGCCGGCGCUGACGCCGAUCAGGACGAGGGCGGCGGCGGCUGAGCCUGGGACUGCGCCUGAGCACGCGUCGUCGGCCUUGCUUUCGACACCGCCGGAGGCGGAACAUCUGCGGGCCGCGGCGGGGGCGGAGGACGAGGAGGAGGUGGUGGCGGAGUCCAGGACGCCGACGGCUGCAGCGGGCGAGGAGGAGGAGGAGCCAAGAACGCCGACGUCGGAGGAGAGCAGGCUGCUGCCGCCGACCGAGUGCCCUCCCGCGCCGAGGAAGCCGACGGCUUUGGCCACGACGCGGCCAUCCCCGAAGCGGCCGCUGGUGUACUUCGACGCCCCGCGCGACCUCUCCGCCGUGUUCAUGUCGCUGCCGCCCAAGAAGCGGAUCCGCGCGCCGCCGUGCCUCGUCCCCUGCCGCCCGAGGUGCGGGCCCGCGCGGGCCGACGGAUCGGCGCUGUAGGCUCGCGGCCGAUCGGAAUUCGCAGGCUCCAUGGGUGCAAUUGUUCUUGGAGUUGCUGUGUUCCUCUUCUUCCUCUCUUUCUUGGCUUCUUGGGUUUCCACGGCCACGGUACAAUCGCUAGUACAAAUAACGCGUGAUUUAACUUUUUGGGUUUUUCUUCCCUUUCUUCUUGGAUUUCUAGUGGGUUUGCGUGGAAGGAGAAAUUGUAGAAUCGUAAACAUUGUUAUUUAUAUAUAAUAUAGAGAGUAUGGAUGUAAUAGGAUUUCCCGGAGAGAUCUUGUGAAUUUACCAACUGUUAUACUAUAAGCUAACAGUUCUCAGAAA